CAUUCCUGUGCUGCGCCUGCACAUAUUCAUUUAGGUUGCUUAGGAAUCUUGCACAAAUAUAUGGCUCUGCUUCUUCUUCUGGUUGAUAUUUUAAUAUGUUCGCUCAUAUGGCUUUGGUGUCUUUCCAUCCAUUCAUCUCUCAGUUCUGCUACUGUAACUCAACCAAUAUCAUCACACGUAUUACCAUUCAUUCUGGUGCUGUCCUUCACAAAAAACUAAACAAAACAGCAGCUAAUAAUGUUGUUUCUGCUGAAUUCCAUCCACCAAUUUGUAAUGACGGUCAACCUAUUAUUGGCACAACAAGCUUCUUCUCUUCAAAAUCAAGGCAGAGAGAAAGAGGGUUGUUGCUUGUGCCAUUGAAUGCCAAAAACUCUGGAUUACCAGGAGAUGAGGAGGAUCCGCGAGCUCUCGAAACAGUGCUCAAACUCUACACUGCCAUCAAGAACAAAAAUAUUCGCGAGUUGUCGGAGAUAUUAGGAGAUGAAUGCCAGUGUGUCUGCAACUUAUUCUCAAUUUUCCGACCCCUCCGAGGAAAGAAGCAAGUAUUGGAUUUUUUCUCAUAUCUAAUCCGAAACUUGGGGAAUAACAUUGAAUUUGUUGUAACACCGACAUUGCACGAUGGAAUGAAUGUCGGAAUUCAGUGGAGCUUAGAGUGGAAAAAAACGCAUGUGCCUCUGGGAAAGGGCUUUAGCUUCCAUAUUUGUCAAAUCUACAAAGGCAAGGUGAUGUUAAGAAAUGUGGAGAUGUUCAUGGAACCACUCCUCCAUAUUGAACCCCUUAGACUGGUAAGCAAAGCAAGCACCUUGCGACUUCUUAUUUCCACUUCAGAAAUGUGUCCCUUAUUGCUGUUUUCUUUGUCUUCUUAUAUAUCACUUGUGCAGAAACUCAUGGGAAUUAUGACGGCUGUACUGGAUAAGAUUGGGUUCAAUGUAGUGUUCAAGGGCAAGGCAAACAGACUUGUGUUGGCUUUCCUCCUCCUGCUCAUCAAGGCCGCCAUUCUGAUUUUACUGAAACUCGUCUUGCAUUAAGCCACCAUCACCCACCCGAGGCGCAGGUGCUGCAGGGCAGACCUUGGUGGGUUUUGAUUUAAUGUACUAUUUUCAUACAAAUUAACAAUUUGCAAUUCCUUCUCCACUCCACCGUGUGAUGGUAAAGUCGAAAAUUUGAUAAGAAAAAGGUGCUCAUUCUGCAAA